CUGACAUCAUAGCCAGUGGUUCUGGGAAAGGGUUUCCCUUCGUGAGUCAUCCGGUCGUGUUUUCUUAUGAUUUUGCGCGGAUUCGGGGGGCUGUCGGCGUAACAAGUGUCCGUUGGUGUGCUGGGGCGCAGUCAUCGGGGCGAACCACCGCUGGAACAACAGCUGUUCGCUCAAGGUUGUACAACUCUCGCUAUCAGGACCAUUGAUAACGAAAUGAAGCUGGAGCUGAGCGAUGGGAUGUCCAACAACUCGGACUUCUCCAACGACAGCCAGAACUCGCAGAUGUCGACGGCGGACUUCAUGACUUCGAUGGGCAACGGAGUCCUUUUGACGCCCACGACCACGUUCAUAGCUCUAGAAGGCAUCAAUUCGGGAGUACCAACUCGAACAACCCCUACUUUAACUCCGACAACUCUUCGAAGUAUCGAGCAAACCUUUAUAGAAUUGCAGACGAAGCCGGAAUCUCACGAAAACGAAGCCGGUUUCGUCCCACCUCUAGUUCAUUCUAUAGGAAACAAUCAGUAUAUUUCAGCGUCGGAUGCUGAUAUUUACUCAUCAAAGUCACAAAACAUGUGGCAAACUUCACUUUCUCAAUCUAGUUCGGACUCAAACACCAGGUCGACGCCACCCCUGACCCAGAAAACUAGUCUUAUUAAUAAUACACCGCAAACGAGGCGUAAUAUGGGAGGGAGGAAACCCGCAAGAGAUCUCAACAUCAGUCCGGAAGAAGAAGAACGAAGACGCAUACGGAGAGAACGAAAUAAAGCCGCAGCGGCACGCUGCAGGAAACGCAGAGUCGACCACACAAACGCUUUAAUCAAAGAGACGGAAGAUUUGGAGCAGAAGAAGCAAGCGCUCCAGGAGGAGAUCCAGGAGUACCAACGCAUGAAAGACGAAUUGGACUACCUCCUGGAAUCGCACCGUUCCUCCUCUAGCAAUUGCCGCCUGCACUCGCAGAGCCCCCCUGACGUCAAGCCGUUCGUCUUCGGAAGUCGAGUGAACGGCGACCGGGUCAAGCCGGAGCUGGACGAGGCGUCGCUCCCGACGUCAAACGACUCCUUCUGUAUACCAUCGCCAGCGAAGCGAGUGAUGUUGAGUUCGACCGCUCCCAUAUCGAAGCCUUGCAGACCGAAUUCGCUGAACGUGAUGUCGACAGCCCCCAAAAACAACAGCAUUAGCGACAUAGCGGGCAUUCCGAUCACGACGCCCUCGACCGGCAUCCAGUUCAAUUUCGACUCGCUGAUGGUGGGGGGCACAGGGCUGACGCCCGUCUCGGCCCCCUUGGUGCCUUCGUGCAGCACCCAGCAGAGGAACAUCCCCACGAGUGCUGCCGAUAUGACGUCGCCGGACGCGUGCGGGCCCCCGAAACUUGUUAGUUUAUAAAGAAAAGCGCUGUAGCGAGAUGUGUGUUAUGUGGGGAAAAGUUUCAUGUUGUUGUAUUAUUUUCUAAUUAAACUAAGAGUUUAUUUAUUAUAUUUUUGGACUUUUUUUCACAUACGCAUGUCGAGCUACGGGCUAGGUUAGCCGAGAGAUCAAUGUUGGACGAGCUCAUCUUUAGCGAAAAAGUGAAAUUUUUUAGGGAUUUUAUGACUGCCGCCGCAUGUCCAACGUGUUUACCAACCAUGUUUAGUAUUCUUGAAACCAAACCAAAAAUAUUUAUUACUAAUUAAUUUAUUAGUAAUGUUCUAGUGUCAUUUUUGCAUUAUUUAUUGUUAUGUUUUUUUAAAUAGUCAUUUGUAUAUAACGUGUGUACUAAACAUGGACCAAAAAUGUCGUCAAAGUGCUCAAGCUAUUUUGCUAUGCUAAAUGCAGAUUUAUUUUUUGCUACCAAGAAAUGCCUUUUUUGUAAUGGUAAAAAAAUCUGUAUAUUUUCACUUAACGCAAAGUUAUUCCCUCCAUACAUUUUUAUAUGAUAGAUUUAAGGUUAAUGUUAUAUUUUUGCAAUAGGAGUGCUCCUAUUCCAAUAAGCGAAUUUGUGUUACUACUAUUAAGAAUAUAAUUAAUAAUAUAUUGAGAAUACUUUAACAAAUAGGACUAUCAGCAAUACUGUGGUUGCAAUAUUUGUAAUCACUCGUCAAUUUUAUAUAGAGUUUGUCAAAUUUUGUAUUUAUUUUAUGCGAUGCCAAUUAUAAAAAAUAAAAUCUAUCUUUUAA